AUGCCUACAUCGUGUUGCUUCCCCAACAGCCUAUCGUCAAUUCAAUUGAAUCAAACCACCACCGCAGAGAUGAGCACAGCUGUAGCAUACUACUACACCGGAUGCGAGCACGACUACGAGCCGCACUUCCUCGAUUCCUGCUCCCUCUGCGGCAGAUCGCUCUGCCAAAACAACGACAUCUUCAUGUACAGAGGGAACACGCCGUUCUGUAGCCAGGAGUGCAGGCAGGAACAGAUAGAGAUGGAUGAGGCGAUGGAGAAGAAGAGAUGGAAGAGGUCUUCUUCCUCCAAGAGAUCGAGCGCUGCGAGACAGAGCUCCGACGAAUCCGACAUGAAUAAAGCUGUACGGACGGGAACAGUGGCUGUGGCCUGAGGUUAUUAAACUUGAUUCCAAAUAAUGAAUUAUACAGUAUUUGAGAAGAAACUACUGAUAACUUCAUCGGUGAAUUCGCAACAAUUUUGAAUUUUGAAUUUUGAAGAAGUCCGUACCGACAAUUUUGAAUUUUCCUUAUACUUUUAUUUUUCCUUUUCUUCUCUGAGAAUAUGGUGUAUAUGUCAUGAGGUAUAAAUCUUGGUUAAUUAACUAUGUUUUGAUGCCUCAUUUUCAGUCAUCAGUUUUUUUCUUCUUAA